CUUAGUUCUGAAGUCUUACUCAUCACAUUUGAAGAUAUACAAUAUCCAUUGAGCAUCAGCUAUGGCAACGAGCAAUGUAAAGGUUUUAGGAGCAUGGCCAAGCCCAUUUGUUAACCGGGUUCGGAUGGCUCUUAAGGUAAAAUCUGUUGAUUAUGAACUUAUUGAGACAAAUCCACAUGAGAAAACCGAGCUUCUCAUCAAAAGCAAUCCUGUUCACAAGAAAAUACCAGUUCUGUUUCAUGGCGACAAGAGGAUCUGUGAGUCCCUUAUCAUUGUUCAGUAUAUCGAUGAAGUCUGGACUGAUGGCCCCUCAAUCCUCCCUUCUGAUCCCUAUGACCGUGCCAUUGCUCGUUUUUGGGCAGCUUACAUAGAUGACAAGUGGUUUCCAUUGUUCCAGCUGCUGAGGGACGCGCAAGGGGAGGAAAGAAAAGCAGUUGUGGAGAAAAUAUCUGGAGGAUUGCUCUUGUUGGAGGGAGCUUUUGUCGAUUGUAGUAAAGGAAAAGCGUUCUUUGGUGGAGAUAACGUUGGCUACCUUGAUAUAGCUCUAGCAGGUUGUGUGGGAUGGAUGAGAGCAUCUGACAUAUUGCUUGGAGCUAAGUUUCUUGAUGAAACGAAGACUCCUCAUCUGGUCGGAUGGGUUGGGAAGCUUUAUUCCGAUAGUUCUGUUAAGGAUCUGAUGCCAGACCCUCAUAUACUUAUAGAACUUUACAAGAAGUUCCAAGCUAUGUCCGAAGCUGCAUCCGAGUAAAACUGCCGGUUACUAGUAGAUGAUCCAAGGCCAGAUUACUUGUUUUCGUUGUUUGGAUCUAAAAAUAGACUUGGACCACUGUUGUUUGGGAACGAUUAUCGCAUUUCUUUCAUUCUUUGCUUGGUUUUCCUUUCUUGUGUUUUUUGAUUCAAAUAAGGAGCAUCCUGGGCUGGACAAUGUUAGCUUCCUAGUUUUGCUGUAUCUUGCACUAGAAAUUAUUCACAAUUUACAUGAAAUAAAAUAACAGAAGCAGUUUU